GAACUUUUUUCGUCUGUCUGCGUCUGGCGUCGUUGACUUUGGGGGAGAAAGGCAAACGUGACCGCAGACAACACGACAAGACCAGCCCAUUGCGACUCCCUCCUUCUUCGACACGGGCGGGUUCCAAGGAACUCAAACCUCCAGCCAAGUCGGCCAACACAACCCACCACAUACCCGCCCAUGAAAAGGUUACGAGUCGACCGAUGGACAGGCCAAUUGCUCCUGGCUCGUCCGGGCGCUUGCCCGGCCUCAACCCCAAGGACCGCUCUCCGGCCAGCAGCAGCUUCUAGAUGCGCCGCCGUGCGGACCCGGUCGACACGCGCCAUGCCCGAAAUACCCACCGACGAAGACUACGCCGAUGGGACAGACCACACCCGCUUCCCGCCCCUGGAGAAGCUCCCACCCCGGGCGACGAGCUUACCAUCGCCGCCGCCAGAACGGGCUCUCCAGUCGGCGAAGCUCGCCGCCCUGCACGCCCGUCUCUCGCUCCCAGAAAAGCUGCCCCUACAGACGCUCGCAAGGGCCCUAGUCGACAAUUCGGCCGACGAGAAUCCGCUCUUCAACAACACGAAUCUUGCCUUCGUCGGCCAGUCCCUCAUCCACUACCAUGUCGCCGAGUGGCUCAUGUGCCGGUACCCGCGCCUGCCUAUGGAGAUUCUGUACGCCGCUAUGAAGGGCUACGCAGGCCCGGCCGCGCUGCACCAUGUUGCGCGCUCGUGGGGUCUCGAGCAUGCCGCCGCGCCGGGCGGGGAGGUCGAUCCGGGGCUGCUGCAAUUCUCGCUGCACAAGCCGGGCAACGCCAUCGUCACGCUAGGGUACAAGCGGGCCGAGGCCGAGGGGUUGCAAAAAUACAAGUGGCGGCACGGUAUCAGCAGCCGGGUCGUGUUCGAUGACGACUUCGGUCAGGUGGUCGAGACGGACAAGGCGACCCAGCUCCGGCGCGCCGACACCGAGUAUGGCAACGAGUACACGCGCUCGCUAGCCGAGAAGGCCUACGCCAACUGCGCGCGGGCCGUCGUCGGCGCAAUCUACGCGCACGCGGGUCGCGAGCCGGCCAAGGCCUUCAUCAGGUCGCACAUCCUCUCGCGUACACUCGACCUGUCGGCGCUCUUCAGCUUCAAGAAACCGACACGCGAGUUGGCGCUGCUUUGCGCGCGCGAAGACUUUGAGUUCCCUAUCGCUCGGCUGCUGUCCGAGACGGGCCGCCUCUCGCGCACCCCCGUCUUCGUUGUCGGCAUCUUCUCGGGCAAAGACAAGCUCGGAGAAGCCGCGGGUCCCAGCCUUGAGGUCGCGCGCAACAAAGCCGCCAUGAACGCCCUCAAAAGCUGGUACCUGUACAGCCCCGGCGAGCAUGUGCGCGUGCCGAGCGACAUGCUGGCCGAGGACGCCCAGCCGUGGACGCCUGCGUAUAUCGACAUGGGCGAGAUUAUUGGGCGCUAAAUGCUGGUUGUUGGGGUGGUGUUGGUGCUUGGCUGCGAGGCAGGGAGAGACGGGUACGAUGGGUUGCGCAGCGGCCAGUGGGGAGACCCCGUCUGCCAAAUCCACCAUCCCGGGUGGGAUCGAGAAAGCAUUCCCACUUGCGUGUCUGGUGCUUAGAAAGCGGGUAUGUAUUGUACAUUUAACAUAUGGCCACAUCCAUACCGAUCUGGCAGCGAGAUACGGCUUCCGGUCGGUCAUCAUUGGGAGGAGUUCCGUAGAAGGGGAUGGUAACUCAGCCGUGUCACUGUAGUGUAUGUAUGUAUAGUAGGAUCAAGUAUUCAUUGCCUGGUCUCGAGGGAUGUGUCCGCUCUCGGAUGCCAACAUAUCGGCAGGAACCGUUCAGGUCCUGGCUCAGCGUCCUGAUGACACCCAGCUGUGAACGAAGGAAGUAAAGUACAUGAACAGGCAAAC